AUCUCCUCUGUCUUUCUCUCUCUCUCUCUUUGCCUCAGAAGAUCUGAGCUGCUUGUCUCCCACACGACGGCAGGCCAUGCAUUUUGCCUAAACCCAUCCUCCCUCUUCCUCUCUACCAAUCCGAGGCAGCCAUGAACCCCCAGGAGGCGGAGUUAGGCCAGGAACUGAGCGAGGACGUGGAAGCCGACUUGCCCCCUCCUCAACGCCGUCGCCACGACAACAACACUGCCACAAACAGCAGGCGACCCCGGCAGCCUAGCAACCAUAGUAGUGAAAACAACAACCACGCUGCUCCGCGCUACAGGAGGUAUAAUGAGGCCCCUGGUGCAGGUGGCAGCAGAAUCAGAGGAGCCCCACAGCGGAGGUCAACAGAGGAGCCAGAGGCAGAGCUGCACCAGGGGGCCCAGUCUCCUCCCCAGCAGCCCCAGCCUCAGCCCCAGCAGGCCCAGGGUCAGUCUCUGCCCAUCCCGCGACCUGCAGUGACACGUUACCGCAGACAGGAGGACAGUGAGGCCAGGCUCAGAGCACAGCAGCAGAGACACACACAGAGACAGCAGAGAGAGGCUGAGAGGGCCCAGCAACAACAACCACCUCCACCAGGCCCACAGCCUGUUCACUCUCUACCCCCACAACCAGAUGAGCCAGAGGAACAACCACCUCCACCAGGCCCACAGCCUGUUCACUCUCUACUCCCACAACCAGAUGAGCCGGAGGAGGAUGAGGGGGAGAGAGAGAGGGAGAGAGAGGGUGAUGAUCAUGCAUUAGCUCGUUCUGCUAGCACGGAAAGCGGUUUCCACACACACACAGACCGGGCGGAGGGCGACGCCGUCAUGGCACUAGAUCCUGAGGCAGAGGACGACUGCGGUACCUACGAGGUGACGCUUCGCCCAGAGGCAGAGGGAUACACAGAGAGUGCUGAGUCAGAGCAACAACACCCCCACCCCAACCUGAACCUCAACUACCCCCCUCUGCCCCCUCCCUUACCCCGGGAACCCCUACCAGAUGUUGGGAGACCCCCCAGUCAGGAGGAGGCAGAGGAGACCCUGAACCCUGGAGGAGGUUACUCCAACUACGUGUACACCCAGCCUCUCUACCGCCGUGGGGGAGGGGCCAGCAGAAAAGGGGGGCGGGACAGCAGCGUGGGGGAAGGGGUGGAGCCAGAAGACGAGGCGUAUUCUGAAGCCUACGACUACUCCCUGACAGAACACGUCUACGAGGAGAUCGGCGACGCUCUCUCUUCUGCCGCAAAGGUUGCAGAGCCUAUGGACGCCAAUGAGAACCUCCAGCAGAGGAAGGCGGGGUUCAAUCUGUUUGAGGGUCGGGAAGGAGGCGGGGACUACCGACAGCAGGAGGCGGUGGGGUCACGGCUCCACCACUACGAUGAACGCUCGGACGGGGAGUCGGACAGCCCGGAGAAGGAGGCGGAGUUUGCUCCGUACCCACGGGCAGACAGUUGCGACCAGGACGGGGAAGAGGACAUCGACAUGAUCGUAGCCGAGGUCAGAGAGAGUCUCAGCUCUCAGAGUCUGGAGAGAGCUGCUGCCGGGCUACGGGAGGGAGGAGAGGAAGAGGACAUGAUGGAAGGAGGAGAGGAAGAGGAGGGAGAGUGGCCCGAAUCCGAACACACUCACAAUUCUCAAUCCGAUGCGCCCACAGACUCCACAUACCGCAAGGGAGAGAUAGAAGGAGAGGGAGAUGAGAGUGAAGAAGAGAGCUUCCCACCCUCAGCAGAAUCUGACGACUGGUCUGGGGUUCGUAACAGUCGUGAGAAGAGAGACGCCAUCUCCCUGGCCAUAAAGGACAUCAAGGAGGCCAUAGAAGAGGUGAAGACCAGGACGGUGAGGUCACCCUAUACCCCUGAUGAACCUAAAGAGCCCAUCUGGGUGAUGAGACAGGACCUGAGCCCCACCGCUGAGUGCUGUGACCUGCAGCCCUCACUAGGUGGCGACUCUCCAGGCUCAGACUCUCAGGCCUCUCCUCAGGGGGCGGAGUCUUCUGUCCGGACGCCCAUGCUCGAGGGGAGUGACAGCUUCGAGUCUCCACCGCCCUCCACUAAAGAGUCCAGGAGAAGCCUCGCCUCCUUCCCUACCUAUGUAGACGUCCCAGGUCCAUGUGACCCAGAGGACCUGAUUGAUGGGAUCAUAUUUGCUGCUAACUACCUGGGCUCCACCCAGCUGCUGUCUGACAAGACGCCCUCCAAGAACGUCCGUAUGAUGCAGGCCCAGGAGGCCGUCAGCCACAUCAAGACGGCCCAGAAAUUAGCCAAAAACAAGAUGAAGCAGACUCCAGAGGGAGAGGCCCAGCCCAUGACAGAGGUUGAUCUCUUCAUCUCCACCCAGAGGAUCAAAGUCCUCAAUGCUGACUCACAGGAGACCAUGAUGGAUCACACCCUGAGGACCAUCUCCUACAUCGCUGACAUCGGCAACAUCGUGGUUCUGAUGGCGAGACGCCGUAUACCCCGCCCAGACUCAACGGACAGUGUGGAGGCGUCUGAACCUGACCAGGAGGAGAAACAAAGCCAGUACAAGAUGAUUUGUCACGUUUUCGAGUCGGAGGAUGCCCAGCUGAUAGCCCAGUCUAUAGGCCAGGCCUUCAGUGUGGCGUACCAGGAGUUCUUGAGGGCCAAUGGCAUCAACCCAGAGGAUCUGAGUCAGAGAGAAUACAGUGAUCUGCUCAACACUCAGGACAUGUACAAUGAUGACCUCAUACACUUCUCCAAGUCUGAGAACUGUAAAGAUGUUUACAUUGAGAAGCAGAAGGGUGACAUCCUGGGCGUGGUGAUUGUGGAGAGUGGGUGGGGCUCCAUCCUGCCCACAGUCAUCAUCGCCAACAUGAUGCAUGCUGGUCCAUCUGAGAAGUCUGGUCUUCUGAACAUCGGAGACCAGAUCAUGUCUAUCAACGGGACCAGUCUGGUAGGACUACCGCUGUCUACCUGCCAGACUAUCAUUAAGGGUCUGAAGAACCAGUCUCGUCAAGCUGAACAUGUAGGUGUCCUGUGUAACCACGGACUCAGACGACCUGACCUCAGAUACCAGCUGGGCUUCAGCGUACAGAAUGGCAUUAUCUGCAGCCUUAUGCGAGGGGGCAUCGCUGAGAGGGGAGGAGUCAGGGUUGGCCACCGCAUCAUCGAGAUCAACAGCCAGAGCGUAGUGGCCACACCCCACGAGAAGAUUGUCCACAUCCUGUCCAACGCCGUGGGAGAGAUCCACAUGAAGACGAUGCCAGCUGCCAUGUACCGCUUGCUAACUGCCCAGGAGCAACCCGUUUACAUCUAGAACCGACCUCACCUUCUGACUCUAUCCUGACCCCUGACCCCCAGCAUCACUGCACCCUCUGUGUGUGAGGCAAUUCCUCCCCCUCUCCCCAAACCCCAGCUCACCAUUGGAGAAUGAAGCUUAUAUAGCCUUAUGAGUGGACCUAUCAUGUGCUCUGGAUUACUCUCCAAUCCGAUUGUUUUGCUGUGGAGAGUAGAGGUACCAGACAGCUUGUUCAAGCCCCUCCCAUGUCUCUCUCUCUCUCUCUCUCUCUCUCUCUCUCUCUCUCUCUCUCUCUGUCUCUCUGUCUCUCUGUCUCUCUCUCUCUCUCUCUCUCUCUCUCUCUCUCUCUCUCUCUCUCUCUCUCUCUCUCUCUGCACUCAUCUGAUAUGUUAGGGUUACCUCUGUGUUCUCCCACAACACAAAUAAGAAGAGAAGGAGUGUGAAACCUGCUGAUUAACAAGUGUUACCACUCUGAACAACCAAUCACAUAUUCUUCCUCAUAACAUUCCACACCUUCCAGCUAACAUUAACGAGAGUCGAGGCAGAGGAUGAAAGACUCUGGUAGGUCACCAGAACAGAUGAAGAAAACUAAUCGUUCCCAACUUUCCAACUUUAGUUUUUCCCUUUCUUUUGUCUCCAGUAUGUUUUUAUGGCUGAGAUUUGGGCUGAUUUAUCCAGCAUUCCAAGCUGCUUUCUCUCUUCUCUACGCCCAGACAUCUGUUAUUGUCUGAACUCAUCUCAUCCAGAGGAGGUACACUAUCAAUCAAAUUCAAUCUAAUGUAUUUCUAAAGCCCUUCUUACAUCAGCUGAUGUCUCAAAGUGCUGUAUAGAAACCCAACCUAAAACCCCGAACAGCAAACAAUGUAGAUGUAGAAGCACUACACCCACUCAAUGAUUUACAACCUUCAAAGGAAUCCAUGUUCCCUUACAAAAACAUACACGUUGUCCAGGAAAACCAGUUCUACAAGCCCGGAGACUCGGCGCGGCUCCAGUCACGUGCACGGCUGAUAUUGGUCUAUUCACAUUCUCACGUGCACUGUUUAUUUCCACCCUGGGAAGAGCAGGGGAAGAACUGGAUCAUCAAACCGCCAUAUGCCAGAAAAGUUUAACAACAUUAAGGAUUUUACAGGCACUCUGACCGGUGCUACGUGAUGUAUUCCAUCCAAAGCCAUGUAUAUUCUGAAUAUAAUAUAUGGCUUUGUCUUGUCUGAAGGAGCAACAGGGAGUGAUGGGUUUUGUCUUGUCUGAUGGAGCAACAGGGAGUGAUGGGUUUUGUCUGGUCUGAUGGAGCAACAGGGAGUGAUGGGUUUUGUCUGGUCUGAUGGAGCAACAGGGGGUGAUGGGUUUUGUCUGGUCUGAUGGAGCAACAGGGGGUGAUGGGUUUUGUCUGGUCUGAUGGAGCAACAGGGAGUGAUGGGUUUUGUCUGGUCUGAUGGAGCAACAGUGGGUGAUGGGUUUUGUCUGGUCUGAUGGAGCAACAGGGGGUGAUGGGUUUUGUCUGGUCUGAUGGAGCAACAGGGGGU